UCAUGGAGACUAACCAGGACACUUCCCUCUUCUUGAUGAAGAUCUUGGAGGAGCUGGACAGCAAGCAAAGCACCGUCUCUUACCAGGAUCUGUGCAAGUCCCUGUGCGCCCGCUUUGACCUGUCGCAGCUCGCCAAGCUGAGAAGCGUGCUCUUCUACACGGCUUGUCUCGACCCCAACUUCCCAGCCACGCUAUUCAAAGACAAGAUGAAAUGCGCCAUGAACAACCAGCAGUCCAAGAAGAUCAUGGUGGCCGCAGACAUCGUGACGAUAUUCAACCUGAUCCAAACGAAUGGGGGCGCCGCCAAGGAGAAGCUGCCCACCGGCCGGCAGAAGGUGCACAAGAAGGAGGCAUCCUUCGAGUCGUGCAGGUCGGACACGGAGGUGUGCACUCCUGCCGCGUGCGAGCCGCUGAACUGUGAGCUGAGCGAGAGGCCCUUCCACCGGGGCUACCCCGCCCGGCAGUCGUCCCAGGGCCGGAAGGCAGACCGCAAGGACUGCCCACAGUUCGUGCCCGCCUCUGAGCCCAACUUCCUGCUGGGGGUCAGCAAAGAGCUGAAGAACCGUGCCGCCUCCCUGGACCGGCUGCAGGCCCUGGCCCCCUACUCCGUCACCAGCCCCCAGCCCUGUGAGAUGCAGAGAACCUACUUCCCCAUGAACAUCGAGAAUGAGUCCAUUUCAGAUCAGGACUCCCUGCCCAUCAGCCAGGGCAUCAAGGAGACCUUCAUUUCCAAUGAGGAGCCGUUUGUGGUCCAGUCCUGUGUCCAGAAAAGGAACAUCUUUAAAGAAGAUUUCCACAAUCUGAUGACCGUGUCCCCCAAGUUGGUUGGCCCCGCUAACAAGGCAGAGGCUGAGCAUGGGGAGCCCCAGGGCCAGAAGGAGCCCCACAAGACCCCCUUCUUCAAUCACAGCUUCAAAAUGCCCUACCUCAGCCAGUACCUGAAUCCCGUGUACUCCCCUGUGCCUGACAAAAGACGGGCGAAACACGAGAGCUUAGAUGACCUUCAAGCCUCCACGUAUUUUGGUCCCACGCCAGUGAUGGGGACGCAGGAUGCCAGGCGCUGUCCGGGGAGGCCAGGGAAGCAGACCCCUUGGCCGGCCAAAAGUUGGAGCCUGAACACCGAAGAAGUCCCUGACUUUGAACGGUCCUUCUUUAAUAGAAAUCCCUCUGAGGAGAAGCUGCUCUACCCAAAUCCCAGCGGCCAGAGCCCCAGUUUCCCAACCCCAGACAGGCGCCCCACUUACCUGGCGCCAAAGGACCAACAGCCGAUCCUUCCCGUUGGCUACACGGCAAAACCAAACGGGCUCAAGUCUAAAGAGAUCUCGUCCCCUGUUGACCUGGAGAAGCACGAGCCCGUCAAAAAGUUCAAAGACAAGAGCAUCAGCUGCGCCGGUGGGCAGCUCAGCUCGGACACCAGCAGCGUGGGCACCCAGACGGAGCAGCACGGGCUAGAGCCCAAGAAGCGCAAAGAUUUGUGCGCCGUGGGGCAGACCAAGUACAGUGACCGGCACACCACGAAGCAGUCAGAUGACGACUCGGAAGUCAUCAGCGAUGACAUCAGUGACAUCUUCCGGUUCCUUGAUGACAUGAGUAUCAGUGGCUCCACGGGGGUGAUGCAGUCCUCCUGCUACAACAGCAUGGGGUCCUUGUCUCAGGCUCACAAGUCCGACGGCGACAGUUCCCCCGAGCACAGCCUGACCAAAAUCGCCAACGGGUUCCCCGGCAGCCAAGGAGAAAAGGGCAACCGGCCUGAAAACAGCCACCACUCGGAAGAGGAGCUGAAGACCAGCGUGUGCAGACUGGUGCUCCGGAUCGGCGAAAUUGAACGGAAGCUCGAAUCGCUGUCAGGGGUCCGCGAGGAAAUCUCCCAGGUCCUGGGCAAGCUAAAUAAGUUGGACCAGAAAAUGCAGCAGCCUGAGAAGGUGAGCGUGCAGAUUGACCUGAAUUCCUUGACCAGCGAGGCUCCGUCUGAUGAGAGCGCCUCCCCGAGGAUGUUCCACCCGCACGAUGGCCCCCGGGGGCCCAAGCUGGAGAACGCGGCCGACUGGUACUGCUCAGACGCCAGUGAAAGCCACAGCGAGAGCCUUCGAGUCAAGGCCUUGAAGAAGAACCUCUUCACCAGGCCGUCCUCCAGGUCCCUGACGGAGGAGAACAGCGCCACGGAGUCCAAGAUCGCCAGCGCCUCUAACUCGCCCAGAGACUGGUGCACCAUCACCUUCACCAGCCGUGCGGGCCUCGGGGAGGAGGAGAGCAAGGACAGAGGCCCCGGGGAGAGUAACGACUGGCACCGCCGGUCGAAAGAGACGCAGGAAUCUUUAAACCCAAACCACUUAGAAUACUGGAUGGAAGAUAUUUAUACCCCAGGCUACGACUCCUUGCUAAAGCGUAAGGAAGCCGAGUUCAGACGAGCCAAGGUCUGCAAGAUCGCCGCCCUGAUCGCCGCCGCCACGUGCACAGUCAUCCUCGUGAUCGUCGUGCCCAUCUGCACAAUGAAAUCAUGAGCCUGGGGCCGCCGGGCGGUGGGGCACAGCCCGUGACUGCCGGCGCCCCCCUCCGUGGCGGGAGGGCUCGGGGCGGUGGAGUAGGGAUGGAGUCCCGGAGGCUCUCUGCCAAUGUGUCGUUGCUCUUCAGAAAGUGCGCAUUCUCCAGAGAAACCCUCCCUCCUGCUGGCUUUGACUUCAUGACGCUUGGAGGCAUUUGGGGAGGUGCGAUAUGGUUUCCCACCAAAAGAACGUACUGGGCUACCAGUAGAUACAAAUUGAAUUCUAAGCAAAAAAAAAAAAAGGAAAUUAAUUGGAUUCUUUCCAUUUUAGUGAAGUUUCAUAGUGGGGAAUAUAUUAUACAGAAGAUAUUUAGUACCUGCCUGCUUGGGGAAGUUAAGGGAGAUAGCAAGACGAGAAGGAAAAAAGACGAGUUCUGUUUUCCUUCACGUCCUCAGACCGCUGCAGGUGAAGUAACAGGUGUCGUGCUCACAAAGGAUGUUGCUUCUCUGUUGACUUUCAUCAAGGGCUACUGACUUUUCAUUCUUGCCCUUCUGUCAUCAUUACGAUCUUCACUGCAGAUCUUCACGGAACAUUCUGGACCUUCCCCCUUGCGCACAGGGUAGGAAGGAGCUCAACUGCCCAAUCGGGUGUGGCACGGAGUGUGCUUCCUCUGCUUACUAGGCUGAGGUACUCAGGCCAGGAGACCUUCCUGUCCCCACCCCGAGGCGUGGGGGGAGAGCUGCUUGCCAACAGAGUGAGGCCAGUUCUUUGAAAAUCACGGCCACCCGAAGGGUCUCCCAUGCUCGCUUUGGUGUGUGGCUCCAGUCCUUGGUCUUCUGUCUCCUGGUGGCCCCGGAUGUUCUGCUUCUCACCCCCAAGUUGAAGAGUUUGGAACGUGUCCUUGGGCCUUGAAGAGUAGAGACAGUGGCUGAACUUUGACAUUCUAACUGUAAGCGGUGGUUUCCGCGUGCCCCUAAUCCCAGCUGUUUCCGGUGGCUUUCACGGGAUCUUGCAAGUGUGUCAAUAAUACGAUAAAGGCACCGAGGUGUUCUUAACCACAGCGACACCAACUCCAGAGUUCUUGUCAGCAGCGCAAAAAAAUUUCUCUAUUUAACCGUUUAGCAAUCUAUCUGUAUGUCUAUCUAAACACCUAGUUUGGGGUUAUUGUCUUCUCUAUUAAAUAACUUGAAAGCAAGGUUUCUCCAGCGUACAGAAAGCUGUUGUAACUCGAUCAGAUUUUGAUUUCUGUUUCCACCUGUCGAAUGGUGCUUUGACAUAAUUGGACAGAAAGAAUCCUUAGCAUUUGAUUCUAAUGUCUCAUUACAGGUCAAAGAAAAAUGACAGAUACUAGCUACCUUAAUUCUUCUGAGAACAAGGUGGGUAGCAAGAAUAAUCUCUCUGGACGGUAUAAUAAAUUCCUGAAAGAGAGGUUUGGGGUGCAUCUCAGAUUUUAAAGCAAUAGGAGUCCAGCAUCCAUCCCAGAAACCUUCAAGUAAUGCUUAGCUUGCUCUGUCUAUUCCUAUAGUUCCCCACACGGGGUAGUCAGAACAUUUCAUGCUGUCAACAAGUAAGGGACGGAUGCUUUCAUCUGUAGUGAGCCUUCAUUUUUAGGGGUCUUUAUGUUACCUGUUUCUAUUCUCCUGUUUACGUAUGGACUUUCAACUAGGUGACUGAAACUUAAGCCUUAGUAUGAAGAACUGAGGAUUUAUAAUUGAAAAUUUAUAUAUAUAUAUACAUAUAUAUAUAUUACUGUCUAUUGUCAGAAUUUUAGUCUUUUGGUGCUCUGUUCUGGGUUGGGUACACUAAAUAAGGUUGUUUCUUUCAUCCCAAAGGGGAUACUAGAUUCACACCUGCAAGAGUUGGGAGUCGCCAUCCUAGCUUUCCUGCCAACCAGUGUGGCUCUGUGACACAUUGUCCCUGUUACCACGGAUUAAACCAGGAGAGCGUCAGAGAUAGGUAGUUCCCAACGUCUCGCUCUAUGAUUUGCAGGGAAGUGGAGAUACACUUACCCAGGAUAAGAAAAACUUGGUCAGAUCCCAAGCACUGCUCUCCUUGCCAGGUGGGACCGUGGAGGAUGGACCAAACUACUAUUACUACUGCUCUUGGGUGCACCUGUUCCUAAUGGGCCCUGCUUGAGCCAUGUGUCUAGCUACCACCAGGGAAGCGUGACUGUAAGCCCCACCCCAUGGGCGGAAGAGACAGGACUCUCUAGAAUAUUCUUCUACCCUUUUCAUAUCUGAGGAGGUAGCAGGGAAAUUUCCUCUUGCUCUUAGUCCAGUGUAGCUAGAGUUCAACUCGACAUCAUUGCCACAUAAUGGACAAACACCCACACCUGCUGAUGCCCUGGGAAACCAGAUGACCCCAAAGGCAAGGGGUUUCCUAUGGGAAUGGGUUAUCCCCAGCCUUACAGGAUGGAGCGCGGUGCCAAGUUAUGAAUCUUUGCUGUGGCUUGAAGCUGAUGGAUGCUCAGGGUCUUGGGAUCUAGAGAAGGUGAAGUUCACGGUUGGGUCUUCUCUCUCCACUGACCCCAAGCUUGUGACAGCCUUCUUUCCCUGGACCCCAGAUUCCUCCAUCCCUGUAUUUGCAGAACAGGGCACAACCAGAGUCUGGCUGGGAAGGAGACCUCUACCCAUCCCUCUCAUCUCCUGCUGCUAUGAGCUCCUGGUGGGUGACGUGUGGACUGGCCGGUCUUCUGUGCUGGGCACCACCUUCUACAAUGUUCUUCGGCAUUUUCACAUGAAGUACAAUUUCUUAUGCCCAGGCCUAAAAUCUAUCAAAAUUCACUUCAUUUCUCUUGCUUUUAAAAAAUGAACAAUCUGAGGAUGUUGCUUAAGGGAUGAUGUUGAAAUCUGAUAUCCUCAGCCCCUGGUUAAAUUUCAGAAUCAUUCAGUUCCUCUUUUCUAGUCUGAUUUGCUUUGAACACAGCCUUGCAGAAAAGCAAAAAAGUUCCCAGCUCAGUUUUCAGAUGUGUUACAACACUAGCCCCUUCUUCAAACUGCAAAUACAGUAAAGCAAAUCAUAUUUCAAACACCCAUUACUAGCCGAUCAUAAACUUAGUAUUUUAGGGCAUGCGGCUGCGUGACUGAUAUCCGCAAGGCUACUUUAGUAGAUACGUGAACUCUCCCCUCUGUGCCCCGAGUCCUGAUACCCUUAUCAGAAUCAAGGCAGGGCUGUUUUUGUUUAUACUUGAUCAAUAUAAGAGUAAUGGCACCUCCUUUUUUUUUUUUUUAACAAAAAAUAAGCUCUGCCGACAGUAAAUGAUUCUGUUAAGUGGUAUAAAAAUUUGUGAAUGUUGAAAUGCAACAUGCUUCAUACUAUAACCAACCUGCAAGAAUAUUGUGGUCAGUUGUGUGAAUACCAAAUCAAUAUAUACUGUAUAUUGUACUACGGAAAUUUGUAUUUAAAGGCAAAGAUAUUAGUAAUUGUCAGUAUAAUUGGGGGAAAGGGUACUAGAUAUUUAUGGACUAACAAUGAGAAAUGCAACAAACUUCCUUAUUUAUGCCUUAUGAAUAAAAGGGUGUGAAAUGUAAGGUGAAGUUUUCUGUGCGAGACUCAAGGAAUGGAUAUUUUUGAAGGCAGGGAUUGUCUUUUCUAUGUUUGUUCUGCAUAUAGCUGUCAGCACACUCUUGGUGCUUGAUCAAUGUUAUAUAAUACCAAUAACUAAGCACAUUUUUAGAUCUUUUUUCAAAUGGCUUGUGUAAAAUUUGGUUAACGUACAAUG